AAGCUGGGGAAGAAGGGAAGCGAAUAUACCCUCUCUCUCUUCGCUUUCUUCGUGUCGAUCGCCUUUUCCUCUUCCCCUUUUUCUUUUCUAGGGCUAGGGUUUACUUCUUGUUUUCCUAGCGAUCUCAAUUUCGAUUUGAUAGAUCUGGCUCCUUUUUCCGUGCUGCAUUUUGAUUCUUCUGGCUUCGGAGAAACGAAGAUUUGCUGAAAGGUCGUCAUGCAAUGCUGUUGAACCAAGUUGUCUUUUGUUCUAUUCUUUGCUACAGAAUUAGGUUUAGGUCUUUAAAUUUCUUCAAGGAUUCAAGAGGUUAUUCGGAUAAAACGUCGAAAGAUUUCUUUCUAUGGACCGAGUCGUCCCGGAUUCGAGUGCAUUUGAGCAACAGUUUUAGGCUUUCUUGAGCUUUAUUUGAGGGUGGGGUUGUCGAUGAGAUUGUGUUAAAAGGGAUUGACCAAAGAUUCUUUUGAUCUUAUUUUCUCGCACUUUCUUGUCAUUUUCGGUGAUUUGAUCAAUCGAUCGAUCGAUCGAUUCCUUGCUAUCUAUUCUGUUUUCUUCCCCACAGGCGAUCAUUGUUCUCCCCUGUACUGGAGAUGUUCGUCUGGCGGUUUCUAGGAUUUUGGGCCAUCUGGUCUGAAGGGGAUCAGGAGUUUGUUACUGUGGAAAGGUCACCGAUUCCCCUUUUCCCUGUCGUUUUCUGGCAAAAGUAAUGGUACGCUCAUCAGAACAAUGUUUCAUUCUCUCUAGCUUUUGUUGUUUUCCUAACUAUAGACGGAAAAAGAACCUUUCUUUGAAAGAAGAAGAAGAGAAGCACAUCUUUGUAUGCUUGGAAUGUCAGGAUUAUCGGAAGGAAAAAAAAGGGUGUUGAGGGAUAGCCUUCUAAUGGUUCCCGAAGGCAUCGAGAAGGGAUAGGGAAGGAAAAGAAACUUAAAGGGAGAGAGAUUAUGGGGUCGGGUGGGUUAAAAACCUUGGGCAUUUCAUAUGAUCGGGUUGACAAGUCUUUAUCUUUUUUGUGAUUCCCUGCAAAUAGUGAUAAGGACCGUGAAUUCUUGUCUCUUUUAUCUGUAUCUAACUUGAUCUAUCGGUGUCCUAGUGAUCGUAAGUUUUAUUUUUCUAAAGCCUCUGUUUAUUCUUUUUCUUCUUCUGGGUUCACUGCCUCUGUUAUUAACGGUGGGAGGCCUAGUUCUGUGAGGUGGGUAUGAAGGUGAGGGUUUAGUUGAAGUUUUGGGCUUGGCAUUGGAUGGGUGAGAUGAAUGCUAAUCUGCACCGGAAUCUCGGAAAGACUGAUAAGGGUCACGAUGAGAGGAUUGUGGUAGCAGUGAAGGCUUCAAAGGAAAUCCCAAGAACUGCUAUUAUCUGGGCUUUAACCCAUGUUGUUCAACCUGGUAGUUGUAUCACUCUAUUGGUUGUGCUUCCACCACGCGGCUCAGGUACCAUUUCUCUGAACUUUCUGUUAUGUUUCAUCCGGAGAAAUUCCAUGCGAUCCUUUGUUUGGCUUCCUUUAGUUUAUUUUCUUCGUUGCUGGUUGAUAACUGCUUGCGUUCUAUUAAACUAACCACUGCAGUUGCUUUCAUAGUGUGCUGGUGUACUUACUGCUUGUUCAGAGAAAGAUCACUUGCAUGAUCAUUAGCUUAUACUUCAAUAUUUUUGACUGAGCCUCAGUUAGUAUUUAUUGAUAUUUUUGAUGUUGAAAGCUUGUUAUUAUGUAGCAAGAAAGCCACUUUUUUGGUUGGUGGGGUUAUGAUCGGUACCAAGAAACAAUUAUCCUAUAUUGGAGGAAUGAUUAUUUUCAGCCUCCCUUAUCACAGCUAAGGACUUGCAGUAGUCUUCAAUCAGGUAGAAAAAUAUGGGGUUUUCCAAGAUUUGCGGCUGACUGUGCCAGUGGUCACAGGAGGUCAUCUUUUAGGACCGCUUUGGAGCGGAAUUCAGAUAUCACAGACUUAUGUUCCCAAAUGAUGCUUCAACUUCAUGAUUUUUAUGAUCCAAAUAAGAUAAGUGUCAAGAUAAAGAUUGUUUCUGGAUCACCUUGUGGUGUAGUUGCUGCUGAAUCCAAGCGAGCUCAAGCAAACUGGGUUGUCUUGGACAAACAGCUGAAGCAUGAGAAAAAGAAGUGCAUGGAAGAACUUCAAUGUAACAUUGUUGUUGUGAAGCACUAUCAACCUAAGGUUCUACGAUUAAAUCUGAUAGGAUCACCUGAUUCAGAGCCCCAAGUGUGCUAUCCACCACCUCCUGAGGAAGGCGAAUCACCUGGAAAAGACUCAAAGCAAACCAGGGUUCCUCCUAAGUCCAUCCGAGGGCCAGCUGUAACUCCUACAAGUAGUCCUGAAAUUGGGACACCAUCUCCUGCUACUGAAGCUGGAACAUCAUCAGUAUCAAGCUCAGAUCCUGGGACCUCACAAUUAUUUGCUUCUGAAGCAAACAGUGGUGUUAAGAAUGAACUAGUAACCACAAAAGCAACUCUUGAAGUGGAUAUAACUAGCGCAGGGUCUGACAGUGAAAGCUCAAGUCCAACAACCUUAGGUUCUCUGUAUGGAAUGUCUGAGAUAUUCAGCACGGCUCGAUCACGUUCCAACCAAGUUGAGGAAAUUUGUCAAAAAUUCAAAGAUAAAGCUCAUAUUUUCACAGCCAAAGUCUUACUGGAGGAUUUUUGUGAACUUGAUGACAAAGCAAGAACCAAUAUCCUGAACUAUAAAUCAGAUAACAAUUUCAGUGGAAAUAUUAGGGAAGCAAUUUCACUACCUAGAAAUGCACCUCCAAGACCACCUCCUUUAUGUUCGAUAUGUCAACACAGGGCACCUGUGUUUGGAAAACCUCCUAGAAGAUUCAGUUAUGCUGAGCUGGAACUUGCCACAGGUGGAUUUGCCCGAGCAAACUUCUUGGCUGAGGGUGGUUUUGGAUUUGUUUAUAGAGGGAUGUUGCCUGAUGGUCAGGCCAUUGCUGUAAAGCAGAACAAACUGGCUAGCUCUCAAGGAGAUCUUGAAUUCUGCUCCGAGGUGGAGGUUUUAAGCUGUGCACAACAUCGCAAUGUUGUGAUGCUAAUUGGUUUAUGUGUUGAAGACAGGAGAAGGUUGCUGGUCUAUGAAUAUAUCUGCAAUGGUUCACUGGAUUUGCAUCUUUAUGGUUGUAAUCAAAAGCCUUUGGAAUGGUCUGCUAGACAAACAAUUGCAGUCGGAGCAGCUCGAGGUUUGAGAUACCUUCAUGAAGAGUGCAGGGUGGGCUGCAUUGUCCACCACGACAUGAGGUCAAACAACAUUCUAGUCACCCAUGAUUUUGAACCAAUGGUUGGAGAUUUUGGCUUGGCGAGAUGGCAGCCUGAUGUAGACCAGGGUGUGGAAACACGAGCGAUUGGCACCUUUGGGUACCUGGCUCCAGAAUAUGCGCAGAGCGGACAAAUCACAGAAAAGGCAGACGUGUAUUCCUUUGGUGUAGUACUGAUGGAGCUUGUUUCUGGACGGAAAGCUGUGGAUAUUAGCCGUCCAAGGGAUCAGCAGUGUCUCACUGAAUGGGCUCGCCCUUUAUUGGAUAAAUGUGCGAUAGAUGAGCUUGUAGACCCACGAUUGGGAAAUUGCUACUCUCAACAUGAGGCUUGUUGCAUGUUGUAUGCAGCAUCAUUGUGCAUCAGACAUGAACCUCAUGCAAGGCCUCGAAUGUCCCAGGUGCUCCAUAUACUCGAGGGAAACGGUGUGCUGGAACAGAUUAAAUUUCAACAUCUUGAUAUGACACUGUAAACAAAAAGCUGAGAAAAGUGAUCUGAUGAGAUUGCGCGUCAUUAUAAUGGUGCAGUCCUGCCCGAGGCUCCAGAGGGCUUGAGCCAAAAGCUCUGAAGAACAGCAUAUUGGGAGAGAAGGCUCAUCUCCUGUUAUGUGUAAGACAAUGACGGUAGAUCAGAUGUAAUGUAUAACCCACCCCUAUGGGCUCUUUUUAAAUGAUCUGUUGUCCAUAUUUUCUGUGGUGGUCCGGUAUUUAAUUUACAUAAAAAAAAAGUCCAGUAUUUAUUUA